UUUGGUUUUUCAUGUAUAAAUCCCACCUGUCGCCACCCCUGCAUCCGAGUCAAAAAACUCCCACAAUUUUCUUUCCUUGUAACCAAUAUUCUGAAUUUCCAUGGCCAGCGUAGAUGAAAAGGAGGAUGUGUAUUCUGUGUGGGGCCUCCCGCCGGAAGAUGUGACGGCAAGGAUGAAGAAGCUCAUGGAGGGUAUCAGAUCAGAAUUCGGCGGGGCCCAGUUCGAGCCGCACGUGACCGUUGUCGGUGGUAUGAGGCUGACGGAGAGGGAGGCACGUGAUAAGUUCCGGAAGGCCUGCGUGGGACUCAAGCCGUAUGGCGCGACGGUUUCAAAGGUGGCCACUGGGCCAUUCUUUUAUCAGUGUGUUUUUCUUCUACUGCAUCCGACGCCCGAGGUUGUGGAGACCAGUGACCACUGCUGCAGUCACUUUGGUUAUCAGAGACCAUCAGCAUACAUGCCGCACGUAAGUCUCCUUUAUGCUGAUAUCACUGACGAGGAAAAGAAGAGUGUUGAAGAGAGAGCUUAUGCUCUCGAUGAGACCAUUGGCAGCUUGGAAUUCCCAAUAGAUCGCCUCGCUCUAUACAAGUCAGAUACGGAAGACAAAAGCCUCAAAUCCUGGGUGAAGGUUGAUGAGUGCAACCUAAUUUCGCACUGAUACAUACCAUGUUUCUCUAUGUGCAAGAGAUAGUUUCCUUUCUUGUCUGUUUCUCUUGGUGGUCUGAGGAUACGUGUAGGGUUUUUUACAAGAAUAUUACUAAAAUAAAAUUUAUUUACAUAAAUAUGACUAUUCAUUACUACAACGUAGUGUUGUGGUAACUAAAGUUCAAACUUGAACAUGAAUUACUAUGAUUUCAUUACUACUCCAGUAAC